AUGUUGACAUUCAACAUGGCGGCAUGUCGUCAGUGCUGUGCUGUGUCGUGCUUGUGUAACUAAGAAACUCAAAAUUUAGAUUAGAAACAAAUUGAAAGUAACUAGAGCAUCUGCUUAAUUUACUGGUCUUCAAAUUAUAUACAAUCUUUCAAACCUAAAUUCAGAAUACAAAAGUUGAAGUGUUGAAAAGAUUAAUAUAAAUUUGCAUUCUAAAAACUUCAAUGAAAAGCAAACAUAAUAAUAACAUAUAUUUGAAUAUAUCAUUGAUAAACAUAAAUAAGUAUAAGAAUAUAGCACAAUCCAGACCCAGCACGCAUUGAAGACAUCUGAGGAUUUUUAGUUCAACUUUUAUUUUCCAUUUAUUAAAUUAUUGAAAUAUUAUAUACAUCUGAAACUGAACACAACUGGACUGUAGGAACCCCUGAUUGAUUUUUGUUUUUCUUUAACUUUUUAUUUGACUAUUAAUAUAAAUAUCCUACUGGUAAUGUAAAUGUAAAACAGAACACUUGAUUUCUUGAGUAUUUGCCAUUGAAGUAAGUGGUUGAAUUGAUUUUUUAAAUUAAAUUUUUGCCCUCUUUGUGGCUGCCAUAUAUUUGACUGUACACUGUGGGAGUGGUAUUUUGCAUACUGUUUUUAACGAUUCUGUGAUAUUCACUAACUUAAGAUAAACGACACGAAGUGAAGAAUUAAACAUUAAAACACAUAAAUUUAAAACAAAAUAAGAAAUAAUAGAUCUGAUACUUUUCUAAAGACAAUGUCCACAAAUCCUCAGUGGAAAAAUCUCCAGUCGCCAGAUACCAUGAAUCAAGAUUCUGCCAUAAUUGAUUAUAAACCAAUGAGUAGUAAUGGAAAGCAACCACAAGGUUUGAACUUUAAUACUAAUCGCUCGAGGUAUGGUCAAGAAUUCCCACAGUUGUCUGACAAAACACAACCGUCAAACUACAAUGGUAGCGGAAGUAACGGAGGAGGAAACACCUCUAGUGGCGGGAAUAUAUUUGGCUCCAACCCUACCACAAGUGGAAAUCGCUUUCCAAUAGGAACAUUCACUAUGGAUUCUACUAAUUCAUAUAAUAGUUCAGGAGAUUCUCCACCAAUCUUCUCUAAUGGUACAAGUGCUCCAUCAACUUAUACUGAUCCAAAUUCAGCAAAUAUGGGAACUCGAGAAACUGGAAUAAUUGAAAAACUAUUGCAUUCAUAUGGGUUCAUUCAAUGUUGUGAACGCCAGGCUAGAUUGUUUUUUCACUUUAGUCAGUUCAGUGGUAAUAUUGAGCAUUUAAAGAUUGGCGAUCCUGUUGAAUUUGAAAUGACCUACGAUAGACGUACCGGUAAACCAAUUGCAAGUGCAGUUACAAAGAUUGCUCCAGAAGUUGUGAUGAGCGAGGAACGAGUGACUGGGACGGUCACCACGGAAAUUAGAGGGGAAGGUUCUAGCGGCGAUAAUCAAGGUAGGAUUAGUUAUGAAAAUCGAGGCGAGUGUUUCUUCUUACCAUACACCAAAGAUGAUGUCGAGGGAAAUGUGACAUUGCGUUCUGGGGAUAAAGUCAGCUUUCAAAUAGCCACUAAUCAUAGGGGUAAUUUGGGAGCGUGUCAUGUGAGGUUAGAAAAUCCACGGCACCCAGUGAAGUACCAAGGAGUCGUUUGUUCAAUGAAAGAGAGUUUUGGUUUUAUUGAGAGAGCAGAUGUGGUUAAGGAAAUAUUUUUCCAUUUCUCAGAGGCCAAAACUAAAGAAGAGUUGAGACUUGGGGAUGACGUGGAGUUUACGAUACAAACUCGUAAUGGAAAGGAGGUAGCUUGCAAUAUAACUAAAUUACCACCCGGAACUGUAAUUUUUGAAGACUUGAAACAAGAAAUUAUGAAAGGGCAAGUUCUUAAACCUUUAGAUAGAGGGGUUAGCGUUCGUCAUCAAACAGAUGCUUUGCCUGGAAGGAUUAGAUAUCGAGCACAGGAUCAUUCUGAAGUCGAAAUUGCUUUUGGAGAUAAAGAUCAGAAAGGAGAUUUUACAUUACGUCACGGCGAUUGGGUCCAAUUUAAAAUCGCAACAGAUCGGCGUGAUCAAUUGAACAGAGCUACACAUAUUUCUCUUUUAGACGAAAGUUUUGUAGUUUCCGGAGAAAAGAGAGAACAAGGUGUCGUUGCUUCUAUCAAAGAUGGUUUUGGUUUUUUAAAAUGUGUGGAACGAGAUCCCCGACUUUUUUUUCAUUUUAAUGAAGUUCUUGAUGUUGAAAAAGAUAUUUUAGUGGGCGACGAAUAUGAGUUUACUGUUAUUCAAGAUCAAACUAGUACGUUUUCGAAUAGCAGGCAAAGUGCUAUUAGGAUGAAAUUAUUACCUUCAGGAACAGUUCAAUUUGAGACUAGGGUAGAGAACAAUGUAACAGGUAUUGUUACGAAAGAUGUGCCAAAUAAUUGGCCCAGUCGCAGUCCAACAAAGUGUCUUAAUGGUCAUACCAAUGGAGAUGGUAAUCAAGACUUUGGAUUUAUUAGUUAUACAUUACACGGCAACAAGAAAACUGUCGCAUUUUAUUCGAAAGAUUGCGAUAUACAACAUCCAAGAAUAGGAGAUAAAGUUAUGUUUAACAUAAAUUUGAUAAAACGUAACAAAGAGUAUAUAGCUGUCAACGUUAUUGUAGUAGUAGCGUCUGGAGUGAUUAAUGGAGUUACCAAAAAUAAUGCUCGCAAUGUUCCUGUGUUUCAGGGCUUUAUUGCCGCCCUUAAAGAUGGUUAUGGUUUUAUUGAAACUGUUGAUCACAAUAGAGAAGUCUUUUUUCAUUUUAGUAAUUUUGAUGGCGAUGCUACAAAUCUGGAGUUAGGACAAGAAGUAGAGUACAACGUUGGUGUACGUAUGUCAGGUUCAUGUUCUUCUGCUGAAAAUGUAAAGGUUAUUCCGAAAGGUAGCAUAAUAUUGCCAAAGAUAAGUGGUGAUUUAUUAGAAGGAUCUGUUAUUAGACCUCUAAGAUCAGCAAAACCUGACCAAAAUGAGUAUUCUGGCCUCAUACGUAUCAAAGACGAAGAUAUUAAUGUCACUCGAGAAGUAGAAUUUGGAAUAAUGGGAUUGAUUAAUAAGCGCGAAUUAUUGCAAGUUGGUGAUACUGUCCAAUUUCAAGUAGACUCUACAGGAAGGGCUGCUAACAUAAAUGCGAUACGUAAAAAACUCAGAGCAACUGUGGAUGCGAUAAAAGGGCAAUUUGGUUUUUUGGCUUAUGAAGUAGAAGAAGGAAAAAAGUUGUUCUUUCAUAUGUCAGAAGUAAAAGAAAACGUCAGUUUACAAAUUGGCGACCAGGUGGAAUUUGUACUAGUAACUAAUCAUCGUAGUGGCAAGUCUUUUGCUUGUAACGUGGUUAAAGUUAGUGGUGACGUGCAAGCUCGACCGGAACGAUUAAUAAGCAGGCUACGGACAAUUUCGUUAGAUGAUUCAGGUCCUAGAUUGACAGUGGUUCGGCAACCUAAAGGUCCUGAUGGUUCUAAAGGAUUCAGGUUGGAUUUUCGUGCGAUUCGUUUGCCAGGAACAAUAAUUGAAUAGUUACGAAAUAAAAAUCAUAAACAGCCAUAAAAGUAAUUAUAUCAUUGCUUACAUGCAAUGUAAACGUCUCAAAUGUUAUGUUUCUAUCAUUAGCCAAUAUAAUCUACUUUAUUAGCAGUGGAGUUGGAUAAAAAACUAUAUACUGUAUUUUAUAAGUCUAUUUGAGCAACAAAUAAAAUGCGAUUACUAAAAAAAAUUGGCUGAAAAGUUUCAGAAGAAUCAAGUUAUAAUUAUUUUACUUCUGGUAUACAAGAAUAUUAUUAGCUACAUAUAAAAGAACAAAAUGUGCGCUAAAAUCACUGCUUAAAAAUACUAAAAA